AUGAAAUUUUAUCUUAGAGCUACUGGUGAUGAAGUUGUUACUUACAGUGCUUUAGCUUCAAAAAUUGGUUCACUUGGUUUGGCUCCUAAAAAGGUUGGUGAAAAUAUUGCUAAAACUACAGUGAAUUGGAAAGGUAUAGUCAAAUUAACUAUUCAAAAUUGUCAAGCAACUUUUUCAGGUCAAAUUAAUUAUUUAAAACU